AGUUGAAGUAGUAGAGGAAGCACACAAGUUGCGCUCACUGACACACAUUCUCUCUGCUACUGCUGCCGCCACCACCGUUGCUCUCACUUUGUUUGCCUUGUGGUUAUGGCAGCCACUCUAACCCCAAUCCAAACCCUCAAGUUCCCUUCUCUUCAACCUAAACCUCUCUUCUCUCUCAAACUACCUUCCUUCUUCACACCUCACACUUUCACCGCCCACAAUCUCACAGUCUCCGCCGCCACCUCCUCUAACACAACCGUCUCCGCCAGCACCCCUCCCUCUCCGCCCUCUCCCGCUCGCUCAAAGGUUCGGCGGCACACGAUUUCGGUGUUCGUCGGCGAUGAGAGCGGAAUGAUAAAUAGGAUUGCCGGCGUUUUCGCGCGGAGAGGAUACAACAUCGAAUCGCUCGCCGUUGGCCUCAAUGAGGACAAGGCUCUGUUCACCAUUGUCGUGUCAGGGACCGAUAAGGUGCUGCGCCAAGUCAUGGAGCAGCUUCAGAAGCUCGUCAACGUUUUGAAGGUAGAGGAUCUUUCAAGGGAACCGCAGGUCGAACGUGAAUUGAUGCUCAUAAAAGUGCAUGCGGAUCCGAAGCACCAUGCGGAGUUGAAGUGGUUGGUGGACAUUUUCAGAGCUAAGAUUGUUGAUAUCUCGGAACAUUCGGUGACAAUUGAGGUCACUGGAGAUCCAGGGAAGAUGGCCGCUGUUCAAAGAAAUUUUAGCAAGUUUGGAAUUAAAGAAAUAGCUAGAACUGGAAAGAUUGCAUUAAGAAGGGAAAAGAUGGGUGCAUCUGCUCCAUUUUGGCGGUAUUCAGCUGCAUCUUAUCCAGAUCUUGAAAGAAAAACACCUGUUAAUGCCCUUGUGGGAGCAAAAAAUGUGAAUUCUGUUGCCAAAAAUGAUACGCCUGUGGGGGGGGACGUUUAUCCUAUAGAACCUUCAGAGAGUUUUACAGUCAAUCAAGUACUUGAUGCUCACUGGGGUGUUCUCAAUGAUGAAGAUGUUAGUGGAAUUCGGUCACACACUUUAUCCAUGCUUGUGAAUGAUUCUCCUGGGGUUCUAAACAUUGUUACAGGAGUUUUUGCUAGAAGGGGCUAUAACAUUCAGAGUUUAGCUGUAGGACAUGCAGAAGUUCAAGGACUUUCUCGACUUACAACUGUGGUUCCUGGGACAGAUGAGACAAUCAGCAAGCUGGUUCAGCAACUCUAUAAGCUAGUAGAGCUGCAUGAGGUUCGUGAUAUCACCCACUUGCCAUUUGCUGAGCGAGAAUUAAUGCUAAUAAAGAUUGCUGUAAAUGCUGCUGCACGGCGUGAUGUCCUCGAUAUUGCCAGCAUAUUCCGGGCCAGAGCUGUUGAUGUAUCUGAUCACACAAUAACUUUGGAGCUCACUGGAGAUUUGGACAAGAUGGUUGCAUUGCAGAGAUUGUUAGAACCAUAUGGCAUUUGUGAGGUGGCACGAACGGGACGUAUUGCUCUAGUCCGUGAGUCAGGCGUGGACUCUAAGUACUUGCGUGGAUAUUCCUACCCCUUAUAAGGUCUUCACCUCCAACCACCACUCAGUUUCAUAUUCGGUACAAACAAAAUUUUGGAUGCUACUUGUUUAAACUUAAAUUGCUUAUUUAGUGUCAUACUAUGCACCUAUCUUUUCAAAUAUUUUAUAUCUUAUACUCAUUUUAAUAUAUAAAAAUAUAUUAAAAAGUUAAA